AUGGGCGCACACCCCUUCGCGGAGGCCGACGACGACACUGGGGAAGCGAAGCAAUCCCAGAACUACAUCCACAUCCGCAUCCAGCAGCGAAAUGGUCGUAAGACUUUGACAACCGUGCAAGGUCUUCCUAAGAAGUUCGACCAGAAGAAGAUCCUCAAGGUCAUCAAGAAGAAGUUUGCUUGCAAUGGCACCAUCGUCACGGACAGUGAGAUGGGCGAGGUGAUCCAACUUCAGGGUGAUCAGCGCAAAGAUGUACAAGAGUUCUUGGUCGCAAAGGAUGGCCUCGAGCUUGACGCUAAGACUAUCAAGGUAGGCACACACACUCGGUCAGCAAAGCAGUCGGCUAACCCGACGCCAGGUCCAUGGUUUCUAAACGCUUCAGCCGCUAUCCUGUGCUAUCCUGCUCGGUGA